AUGCAAAUUGUCUGUUUGGGACUGCUUCUUUUCGGCGUGACCUGGGCAGCACCAACAUUUCUGCCACAAACUGAGAAAACUAAGGAAGACUGUGUGGAAGAACAGAGGAUAACGUACAAAGGCCACCAUGAGAAACACGGGUAUUAUAUUUUUAAGUAUGUUUACACAUCAUCUGGGAGGAAAAAUCAAAGUGACAUAAAGCAGGAAGAAAAAAAUAAAGACAAUAUUGCUCUUCAAAAUUUUGGUAAAAGAAGAAAUCAAGAGCCAGCACCUAAAGAAAACAUUGCCCAGGAAAGAGAGAAAAACUCUUCCAUUCUUGGAGCCAAUGAAAAUUACCAAAGUAACAAAACCGAAACUCUUUUUGAGAACAGACAGAAAACAAAUGAAGAUGAUAGUAUUAAUAACCAAGGAAAUGCCCACAGUGACCUAAAGAUGUCCAUUUAUCCUGAAUCCACUGGGAAUAAGGGGGCUGAGGAUGAAGACAAUGUUGUGAACAAAUUCCAUAACCAAGAAGAAUAUGGUGCAACUCUCAUCAGAAAUAAUUUGCAGUAUAUAAUGGAGCCAAGGACUGUGACUGAACUCUUGGCAGAGGAAAACAAAGAGAACAAACCCAAGAAUGUUCUAAGCAAAAUCCCAGCAAGUAUGAACUAUGUUAAAGUCUCCUCAAAAGAUAGAAAGAAUUAUCAAAGAGAUUCCCAAGCCCAGAAUAUUCCAGUUAAAAGCAAAAGCACCUACCAUACCCAACACAACAUUGACUAUCCAAAACAGCUCCCGAAAGUCAAAAAAGUCCCCAGUGAUUUUGAAGGCAGUGGUUACCCAGAUCUUCAAGAAAGGGGCGACAAUGAUCUCUCUCCUUUCAGUGGCGAUGGUCAACCUUUUAAGGACAUUUCUGGUAAAGGAGAACCUAUUGGUCCUGACUUAAAAGGUGCAGAUAUUCAAACAGAGUUUUUUGGCCCAACUGAAGCCAAUACCAUCAGUCCUGAUGCACGAGGGCCAGGUUAUAAUGAGAUUCCAGAGAAAGAAGAAAGUGGCAGAAGUACCAUUGGAACCAGGGAUGAAACAAGAAAAGAGGCAAGCACUGCUGAUGUAAGUCUAGUGGAAGGCAGCAAUGAUAUCAUAGGUAGCACCAACUUUAAGGAACUCCCUGGAAAAGAAGGAAACAGAGUAGAUGCCAACAGCCAAAAUGCUCACCAAGGGAAAGUAGAGUUUCAUUACCCUCAUCCUCAUCUACCCUCACAAGAGAAAAAGAAAGAAGGCAGUAGAGAUGUUGCUGAAAGUACGAAUUAUAAUGAAAUUCCAAAAAAUGGCAAAGGUGGUAGCCGAAAAGAUAUGGAGCAUUCUAAUAGGAAUCAAGUAAUCUCAAUUGAAAAACAAAGAUUUCCCAAUAAGGGCAAAAGUCGGGGCCAGCUUGCUCCUUCUCAUGAUCUUGAUAAUGAAAUUAAAAAUGAAAUAGGUUCCCAUAAUGGCCUCAGCAGAAAAAAUCAUUAUGUACCCCACAGACAAAAUUCUACACGGAAUAAGGGCGUGUCACAAAGGAAAGGCUCCUGGGGUUACAGAAAACCCAAUUCCAGGAGAAGGUUUAGCCCCCCUAGAAAGCAUGACAGUAGUGAAUCAUCUGACAGUGGCAGUUCCAGUGAGAGUGAUGGUGAUUAGCUACUAGAAAUUCCCAGCAGGAUUAAGGUUCAAAUAUCUAGUCAUCUGUAACCUUACAGAAAAGGAGAGCCACCUGAGAGCAUACCAGGUGAGAAAGGGCAGAGCAGAGAAUUGAGUAAGCCAAGAAACCUGGCCUCCUGGGGAGAUUUGUUGUUAUUGUAAAAGUCACAGUAUGAGAUUCUAUUCAAAAUUACCA